AUGUAUUUGAAGGCACAGUUGAUACAUAAUCAGAUUACAAUCAAGACAUUCUUGGAGAAGAUCAACUUGGUCUUCUACCUCUCCACAGACUUUGAUGCCGUACGUCAAUACUUUUCAUCACUAUCCAAACAACGAGCCUGUCACAAAGUAUGGGGCGGAAACACCAUGUUCUAUCGAUGCAAGACCUGUGCACUAUCCGUGAACAGUUCAAUAUGUUAUGAAUGCUUUGCUAAUGGUCCACAUGAACGUGAGGGACAUGAUUACACGACAAGCUUCUCAUCUUAUGGAGGUUCAUGCGAUUGUGGAUUGGUUGGAUGUUGGAAAGAGUCAGGGUUCUGCAAUCAACACUCACAUUCCGAGCAGAUGGAGAGCCCAACCAAGAAUAUGAAGCAGUCCAACUUGAUAUCAGCGCAUCUGGUCGUCCGAUGUAUACUAUCACUCAUUCUCGAACUGAACAAUCGGCAUCGCCACGCUAUCAAGGAGGCCAACAUCAACGCCUGCCAGCUGCCCUCGCAGCUCAUCGAAUCUUACUCGCUGGAGCUGCUCACCUGGAUCGAAACCAUCUCAAAGGAUGGCCACGCGAUAUCGCACGUCAUCUCGGAGGAGCUGUGCUACUUGACGCUGGACCCGAGCGCGCUGGACGUCAAGCGCGCCCAGCCUCUGCGGUUCACGCAGCGCGACGACGUGGUGCAGUACUGCCUGCCGGAGCAAUGGUUCCGGCCGCCGCUCGCCCAGCUGCUGCUGGUGACGGGCCCCGUGCACAACAAGCUCAUCUACCUCGUGCUGUACCUGCUGUGCGAGAGCACGUUCAAGUUUGGCUUUGCGCGCAUCUAUGCACAGGUGUACGCGCAGCUCUCUGAGCACGCAAUCGACUCAAUCAUCCGCUUUUCGCCACAGAUCUUCUCGAUCGCUUCGAUCACACUGCCAUUCUCACGCGACUACACACCCUCUUUCAUCGACAUCACGCUGGACCUCUUGCAGCAGCAACUCAGCACAAUGUCCGAGAUUGGCAAGUCGCACUUGACGACCAUUGGCGACAUCAAGGCCAUUCUGCAGCUGCCCACGCUCUACCACUUUGUGCUGUUUGAGAAGCGGUCGCUGCUGCUCAAGUUCCUCAAGGUGCUCAAGCAGACGCAGGGCCUGGACCAGAUGACGCGCAUGCGACACCAGCACAUAGAGUACGACAAGGAGGACUGGGUGUUUGCACUGCAGCUAGAGAUUGAGUUGCGCGAGAUCUUCAUCGAAAUGGUCGAGUCGAUUGGCGUCGACACGCCGCUGGACGACUUGCUGGGGCUCAUCGACUACAUCACCAACUUCAUGGGCAGCGCAGUCACAGGCAACUUCAUCGGCUGCUACCACGGCGUCGACGUCUCUAACACCGACUUGUUCGAGGCCACCGCCAGCGUAUCUCUUAUCAACCCUCUGUUCCGCUUCUACAUGCUGGUGGUACAGCGCACUAUCGAUCUGCACAAGGACCACGAGAUUGUUCGCAGCCGUCAGCUGCUGCCACAGUCUGUCAACCUGUUCAAGGUCAUCUAUCCAUUUGUUCUGUGCCAGGUCUACGUGCACCAGGUCAAUAACGGCUACUGGGUGCGCAACAAUGACAGCACGAUGCGACGCAAGGCCUACGUCUACUGCCAGCUUCUUCUCGAGGGCGACCUGUCCCUGAUUCAGACCAUCGCAUCCGUGGUCGAUAUGAACCAGUUUGUCAUCUUUUGCUCAAAGGAGUUUGCAGCGUUCAUGCCUGCAUCUGUGGCGCGGACCAAGUCCGCGUCCGAGUUGCAACAGAACGAUCACCGCUAUCACCAGUUCCUCAAGUUCAUCAUUCAGUUGUACCAGGAGCGCUCGUCAGUUAUGGCGCCCGUGGACUAUGUUAACAACUGCCUGGCGCAUCACCUCUACCCACACAGCAAGACGCACAGCAAGAUCGAGUACACAAUGAUGCACCUGGACAAGCGCCACCUGUUUGAUGAGCAGCUGGCGCAGGUAGCCGACGUGCAGUCGGCAUCGGGCGACCAGCCUGCAGUCUACAAGAUCAAGACGCAGUACUGGCGCCAGUUCAACCCUUACUACCCGCUGUACACAUUGCUCAACGUCGAGGAGGCGUUGGGCUCGUACUACGAGUACAAGGGUGCGCAGAAGUUGCCCAAUCCCACCUCAUUGCCACUGCCGCCCGCGCUACAGCCACUAACCGCCUGGAAGGAACCGUUUGGCGCGCUGAUACACAAUGACAACCUCCAUCACACUAUACUUCUGCUGCUCAAUCAGUUUGUCGAGCAACACUUCUCCAAUACCUCUGCCAACAGCACCACUCACAGACCAUUGGCAGCAGAGACACCCGAGGUGUUCUUUGCGAUGAAUGAGUGCCUCUAUCUUUUGGUCCUGGCGCUCACACAUCCGAGCGGGCCGCGUCUAGACACGCUGCCAUGGGCGACACUGAUGAAGCCGCGCGACAAUGUGGCCAACCAUGGCAACGCAGUGCUGUGCAUCAUGCAGCGCUACAGGGUGGGCUUUAACAAGUCGACCUGCACCUUUGAGGUGCUGCUGGACAUCAUGCGCAUUGGCAGCGAGGAGAAGUACUUUGUCGACAAGAAGGACCUCAUCGGGACAGUCAUCGACCUGCUCUACCAGUACCACGUGGACAUCCAGGAGGAGAUCGUGGCGCAACACCCCUCUUUCAAGCAGGCGCAGGGCAUUCACGAUGACGACAAGAUCUCCGACAUGAAGCUCAAGGCCAAGAAGCGCCAGGCCGAGAUCAUGGCGCGACUCACUCAGCAACAGAACAAGUUCUUGCAGAAUGCCGCAUCGACAGAGUACGACGACACGGAGUCCAACGACGAGGACACGUGCGUGCUGUGUCUGAAGGGACAGUGCAGCGACACAGACCCGCUGUGCAUGAUCGCGUUGUACCAGCUGUCGACGCUCUCCACCUUCUCCAAGAUACCCGUGCUGGCCAACCUCCCGCCCAAGCUCAAGAAGCACUGCAAAGACUACCUCAAGUACAUCUCAUUCCCCAACCAGAAGUCGCAGGUCGAUAUCCUCAACUACACAUCAUCGCUACACCUGCGCGGAUGUGGUCAUUACAUUCACAGCGAGUGCUUUGACACCUACUCGCAGACCCUGAUAUACAAGGCGUCGCACCACGACAGCUUCGAGGGCAACCAGUUUGUGCGACCACUCAAUGGCGAGUUCCUGUGUCCCAUGUGCAGGAGGAUAUCAAACAUCAUCAUCCCAAUCAUGGAGCAGCCCGCUGCAGCGCAGGAAGUUCCAACACAAUCAAUGUCGCCCGUGGCGCAAAGGUCCACAAGUUCUGCCUCCACCAACAACAAUGAUGAUGGCGUGGAUGGUGGCGAGGCCAACAAGAGUCAACUUGCACAAUGGUUCAGCGCACAGAUGAAGGGCAAGACACAUACACAGAGUUCACAACAUUCAACAUUGUCUUCUCAUACAUCACGCAGCAACAGCAACAACAGCAAUCGAAAUCUAUUCUUCUUCAACGAGCUCAACAAGAUCGCGUUCAAGGGUGGCAGCGGCGACACGAUCUCACCCUACUUCCUGGCACAGUUGACGGCGAGGAACAUCGAGUUCCUCGAGAUUGCCACGCGAGAGAUACAGGGCAGUGCGGCCGCUGCCGAGCCCGACCAGCCUCCACAGUUCUGCAUUGGCCAGGAUGUAUAUUCGCGCGACAUUGUCACUAUCAAAGCCAUGUACAGACUAUUCAAGGAUCACAUUCAUCUACACAAGGAGAGCAAGUACAGAGAGUGCACAAUCGAGUUGUUCAAGGGCAUGACCGAGUCCAUCCUCUCGAUCGACCCCUUCAGCUCCUACGUCCUCUUCCUCUACCUCAUCGACUCCCCCAACAACCAUGACAUUGACAUCAUCACCAACCUAUCACUCGACGUCUUUAUCACUCAGUUCAUCAUCACCAAGAUGUACUCCAACUUAGAGAAAAAGAAGAAGGUAUCGCUUCAACAGUUGGUCGCAGAGUACUUGGAUGGCUUGCAGACAGGUGGAGAGGAGAGCACAGUGUUCUACGCGGACUUGAUCAGGGAUAUUGCACCAUUCUUGCGAUGCCUAUGCCUGGCACAACAUGCAAUGCUAUCAAAGAUCACUCAUUUGACAAAGACAGACCUGAUUACAAAGGACAAGUUGUUUGCCAAUCUAGGCAUCACAUCAUUACAGGCAUUGGUCAAUCGACAGCGCAAGGCACCACUGCACAGUGCAUGGAUCAAUCGAUUGGAGAAGUCACAGACACCAUUCUUCAUCAUGGAGCCACGCCGCCCCACCUUUAUCGACCUGCCCAACACCUACCACGAGUUCUUUAUCAAACACAUCAACGUGCCGUGCAACAACUGCAAGCAGGUGCCGACAAAGAGUGCGAUCUGUCUGCUGUGCGGCCAUCUGAUAUGUAUCGAUGGCUCGGCAUGCUGUCUCGUCAACUCGGCCAACGAGAGCACCAACCAUAUCAAUGUGUGUGGCAUCUACAAGAUUGGCGUCUUCCUCGAGACCAAGAAUCCCAACGUCGUGCUCAUCAGGGAUCACCGCAAAACCGUUGUAAACAAUGCCUUUCUCGAUCAUUAUGGUGAGCCCGACAGCAAUCUGGACCGAGGCAAGCCACUGUAUCGCAACGAUCACAACCUACAAGAGUUAUGGAGCAAUUGGAUAUCACACUGUCUCGAAGAGAAGUACCUUAGCAACUGUAACCUCCAAGGCAGAGAUUACUAA